AUGGAUGAAUCAUUGACCCAGCGGAAACUAUUGAGAGUCUCACAGUUGCAUAAAGCGCCACUCGAUUAUAAUCUGAGAUCGUCAGCAAAUAAGUCAUAUGCGCUUGUUGAAAGCUACCUAAUCACUUAUUUAAGGAUCCAAUCAAUUUUAAUGCGUCAAAAUUUAAGCCGUCUGACUUUUGAUUGCAAUUUUCUUCUUCUCUCAUUCCCAUCAGGACAGUUCACAAAAGCAUAA